AUGGCGUACAUGCUCUACAAGUACCUGCGGAGGAAGUACGCAGAGCACCACCAAGUCGAAAAGCAACAAUUACCUACCACGACCAACGAGCACCAUCUGGUGCCAGAACCCACUCCAGCGGUGUCCGGCCCACAGGGUCACAACAGCAUCGACGAUGGCGCAUCGCUGGCUCGCACGCAGACAGGCCUCACCAAAGAGGAGAAUGCUCGGAUCGAACGGGAGAGGCGGAGGGCGACCAUCUAUCGAUGGAAAGUCAUAUUAGGACUUAUCCUGCCGAAUUUCCUCGCGGCUGUGGACACUACCAUCGUUGCUCCGGCGGUGCCUAUGAUAUCUUCACAUUUCAAUCAUCUGAGCGGAAGCUUCAACUGGAUCGUAGCCGCCUACACGCUCACGUACACCACGUUCGUCCCGUCCUCCGGCAUGAUUGCAGAUGUCUAUGGCCGCCACACCGCGCUGCAGUUCCACAUGUUUUGGAUCCUGAUCGGCAGCGUGCUCUGUUGUGCGGCUGCUUCGUGGAGCAUGCUGCUGCUGGGUCGAGCGCUUCAGGGCGCUGGUGCGGCGGGUAUUUCGAAUCUUACGCAUAUCAUCUUGUCGGACAAUAUUUCUUUGGCGGACAAUUCGUAUAAUAAUACUAUCUUUUCGUUGAUCAAUGGUAUCAGCUACGCAAUCGGACCUGUCAUCGGAGGGUAUCUCGCCCAUGCAAGCUGGCGCUACUGCUUCGUCGUCCCGAUUCCGAUCUCAGUCUUGUCGAUGGCUCUCAUCUUCUUCCUCCUGCGCCCAGAGCUCGUCAAGGGGCGCGUCUCCGCUAAGCCUGGCGAUUCUCGAAGGACAGGAUACAUCGCGGGACUCUUCGUCUUCGACUGGCCCGGGAUCUUCCUCUUCAUUUUUGGCGUCGGUCUCGUCAUCCUCGCCAUCCAGUGGGGUGGGACGGAAUACGCGUGGUCGUCCCCGCAGGUUCUGGCAUGCCUAAUCGUUGGAGCUUUCCUGUGGAUUCUGUUCUACCUCCACGAGUAUCUGCUCAGUCCUGGACGAAUAAUGAAUCGACUGUUCCCCAAGCAGUCUCCCAUGUGCCCAUCGUACUUGUACAGGAAGAAGGACACCAUCCUCCUGAUGAUCAUCAACUUCGCGUCUGGAUCCUCCUUAGUAUCAGCAUUCUACUUCAUCUCGAUAUACUGGCAACUAGCAGAAGGCUACUCGUCCAGCAAAGCAGGAGUGCAGCUUCUCUACUACACGCCCGGCCUAGGCGUAGGCGUCUACUCCGCAAUGUACCUUUGCAACAUCUGGCCACGCCAAACCUUCUACGCACUGAUGGCGGGCUCCGUGAUCGAAGCCACGGGCAUCGCGGUCCUGAGCUGGGCGUGCGAGACGCGGCAAGCGUCCCUCGUGAACGGGAUGCUCGCGCUCUCGGGCGCAGGCACCGGCCUCCGCUUCAUGCCCGUCGUCCUGCACGCCGCGGGCAUCUGGCCGACGCGGAUCCCGUCGGUACAGUCGCUCAUGUCGUUUGCGCUGCCGCUUGGAGAGACCAUCGGCAUCACGAUGAUGGGCGCGGUCUUCUCGAAUAAGUUCGAUCAGGGGCUACGCGGCGUCUUGCCCUCGAUGCAGCAGCACGUGGACUCGAGGGCGCCGACGUCGCUGGAUGCUUUUGAUUCUCUGCCUGCUGAGGCGAGGGAGGCCGUGCAGAAUGCGGCGGCUCAUGCGGUUAUGUGGUCGUUUGUUUCUAUACUGCCUUUCAUGGGGUUGAGCAUACUUGCAUCGGCGCUGCUGGGCAAUGUGUGGAUUGGGCAGGAUGCAAAGAAAGGGAAGGACGGCAAGGCUGCGACGAAGGAGACGCCGGGGAAGGUUCUUUACGGUAAUUUCUUGAAGGCGCUCAUCACUGGGACUGUGGAUACUCAGACGGUAGUUGUGGAGAAGACGGGCGGUGACGUUGAUAAUGCUGAUGUGGGAGGCAUUGUUGGUGGUGGUGCAGGUGGGCCAAAGAGGGAAAAGCAACUGGACCCUGAAACGGGCGGGCGAAAAGGCGGCGAGGGACAGCAAGAGCAGGUUCAUCAGGGUGCCACCUCUUAG